AUGGCGUCGACAGCUGAGGCAGCACAAAGCAGACAGCAGCAGGGAAGGCCAGGCGGGGCGCCGCCCCCGCCUAGAGCGGGGCCACCUCCCUCCGCUCGUCCCCGAUUCGAGCCCGUAGACCGUGAGAAGGUUCGUUCCUCUGCAUCCCUUAUUGCAAUAUUGUUUUUUAACCUCUUUAGAUGACCGAACGUGGGCUGUUUCGUGGUCUUUUCACCUCGUUUUUAUGUGAUUACGUUGUUCUAUAUACGUUUCCGUUUUCUCUCAAGGUUUUAGGUGUCCGUUUAUGGUUCAAUGUUUGAGGCUUGGUGGAUAGGAAGGCUCUUUUGGGAGAUGAUGUUGAUACGACAUCUUGGUUAUCUCUUCCUUGCGGAGCAACGACAUUCUUUUGUUGUCUCACUGCCUUCUGGGAUAUACCUGUCUUUGAACUAUAGCGGUUUAUAGUUCAGGUUGAUAUCGAUUUGUAUUUGACGGUUUAUCUCCGUUUUAUUUGGAAGCUAUGACUUUAGUCUACAUUCUCGCUGGAAGGACGAAAUAGCUAAUGGUAGGGAAAAUAUUUUCUUGUGAAACCAGUUCGAUUACCGGAAAAUAUCCUGAUAUAAGGGAAUCCUGUGGGUUUAAUAUUUAUGUAAGAACUGUCUUCCGUGGACUCCUCCCAAAGCCUCAACACCCUGAAGGUCUCCGUAGUUAUCAUCGAUAUGAAGGCUAAUCUUACUCAUUAGACCCAGACUGAGACUUUAAGGGUAGAUUCAGAGCUUGACACGUUGGUGGCCAGAAGUCAAACCCUAUUUCGCCUAGUCAAAGUAUAGAAAAACAAUAGAUUUCAGUAUUUAUGAAAGAUGCCAAAUCUGUGGCUAAAGUCAGUCAGUUAGUAGUGAUGGUUCUCACAAAAAGUACAGGUGAAAUAUGAAUUCUGAUAGAAUCUAUAGCAUACUGAGAUAUAAUGACGUUCAAGGUUUCACAUACCCUAAUGUAUAGAUUGCAUUAUCUGUCCUGCGUUGGUGUGUCUUCAUUGAGAAUGUGACAAAGGGGACGAUAUAAGGCUGACCUAAUAAUAGGCUGGAAAAAAAUUAUGGUGCUAUUAUUCCUUAUGAUAAUGAAUCAUGUUCAAUCAUCUCCCACAUGCUAGCCGAAGACCACACUUCUAUGGAUCUGGGCGAAUAACUUUACCACACCUAAUGAAUGACAAAGGGGGACAUUGUUGGCAUAAAUGUCUUUUGUAGAAGGAAUUGUGUUUUUUAUUUCUUUCAUAAAAUGUUAAUAUUCACUUCCUGAGGGGGACAUUCGCCAAGAACAAGACCCGAUUUGUAUUCCAAAACUCUCAGACUUUUGAUCUUUGAUCAAAGAAGAACAUCUUUGGCUGUCCACUCUAAAGAACCAAUGUCAGUAUCCAUUCAAUCUUUGGUUCUAUUUAUAUUCAUUUGGAAAAGCUUAAAAGACUGCUCAUUUGACUUAACUUUAUUCUGCAACUGCUCCAAUAUUUCACAUUAUUUGACCGUUUGAUGAUAGUGCAUGCUUAGCUCUCAACUCCAGAUAGUAUCAUCUUGAUCGUGUGUACUUUGAGCGACAUUCAGUAGUGGACGAAAUGUUUGUUUCUUAUGGUGAUCUCAGAUAACUUUUAGAGGGACAGGGUUAGUUAAAAUUGUAAGGCAAGUUGAUGGUUGGAAACCUACUCUCAUGAUUUAUUGUUGAAACUCAACGAAUCAAAGUUUAGCUGCUUUUUGAAACUCUUGAGUAGGACUAGAAAGCAGGGAGAAGUACACCACAAUCAUAUGCAAUUUCCAUGGGUUGUAUAUCAGCUGAGAGAUGACGGCCAUUUUUUUCCUCAGCUAACUUCAUACUAGAACAUCCUCAUGAAGUACAUAUCACCUGAGCACAGUGUAACUGUUUAAUAGGCUUUUCUCUAUUUUUUUUCUUGGUGAUUUAAUAUUUUCUUCUACGUUAUGAUUGAUCUCUCCUAGAAUAGGGCUUUUGUAGGUUGAUGAUAUGUCUGUUUUUGUGGCGCUCUAAGAGAUCUUAUCUUCUAACACCAUUUUUUGACUUGUUCCAUAUAAUGGCUAGGUUUUCAGCAUCGUCAUCAGUUCCGUAGAUAGAAUUUUAAAAAAGUAGCAGGCACUGCUUCUCGGAUUUGCUCUUUAAUUUUGGUGAUGGUUGAUUGACUUAGAAGGUUUCUUCUUUAAGGCUUAUGUUCAACAAAACGCUGUUGAAGUCCAUUCCCAAUGGUCUGUGAGGAAAUUUAGUGGUUUCGAAUAAUUUCUACAACAAGGACGAUGUUUCUGUCGUGAUAAAGUAGCAUAAUGUCUGUUUUAGUGAUGCUGUUAUCAUACAUAGUGUUUAGGCAAGUGACAGUUUGUUUACUUUUUAGUUCUUUAAACUCGUUCUUCACACUAAGGCAAUUUUGUACUUCUUUUUAGAUUUUUUGCAAAUGGUGUUACCAUGAAUUUUUCCUUUUUAACUAUUGUUACUAGAACAUUUAAACUUCGUUCUGACAUUCACCUUAAAUCUCAUGUUGCGUUAUUGCCUACAUAUUGCAGACGUGCCCUCUAUUGCUUCGAGUUUUCACUAAGGUACUUGCAGCUUCUUCAAGAUUGAUUUACUGAUGGAUCAUUCAGGUGCACGAUUUGAAACAAAAUCAGUUGUAUGACGUCUAUUUUGAUUACGUGCAUCCUCGUAUUUCCAGACAAUUAGCUAGAUUGUGUUGAGAAUUCACUCUGGCAAUUUACUGCGUGGCUUUAUAUGAAAGCUGCAGUAGGUAUAUGGUCCUUAUUCUGCUAAGAAAAGGAGGCUCCAUGAGAAGUAUGACGUCGCACUGUAGACGUUUUGCCAAUGAUUGUGCUCAGUUCCUCAAAUUUCCUAUGUAUUGUAAUGGAGAGUCACAGAAAGGGAAAUUUCUGUAACUAGGGUCUUGGUGGCCUUUACUGUUACUAUGGUAUUUCCACCUAAUGAGCCAUUAUCUUGAGGCAUUUUCUUUGAAUAACUUUUUUUAUAUUCUCAUUCCAUUUAUAGUAAAUGGUGGCUUUAAGAAUGUAAACUGAGGGUAAAAGGAAUUGCUUUCAUGUCUUAAAAUCUUGUAGAUGGAACAACAUUUAUGUUUUCCUUUUUGGGUCUUUUCUGUAAAGGAUUAAGAACUGUCUUGUGGAAAGUAGAAAUGUUUCUAUUGCGAACCCCAUUUGCUUUUUCGUGCUAUGAUUCAUUCCUUCUGUGAAAAUGCGUUAAGGCUGGUUCUAUGCUGAAUUGUAUUCUCAGCUUACGCCUUAUUACUCAUGCCAUGUCUUUUUCUAUGCUAAACAAGUAAAAGGUUAACUACUAUUGACUUUGAGAGGUCGUGGGAAAAACUCAGAAUUUAAGUUUUCUUCGUGAAGUAUCUACAUGUUGAAGAGGGUGUCAACUUAUUUUAAGUAAGGGCAAUAGACCAAUUCCGAUGGUUCAACGUGUUGGUUGAGGAAAAUGACAGGAGGAAGGUCGUCCAUCUAUAAUCUGUGACAGAUCUUGGAUUAUGCUUCUAAUUUAAGUGUUGGGUGGAAGGGUUGACUUUUUUGAACGAAAUAUGUUGGGAUUAGUCCAUCGCCAAUGUCUUUGUUCCCCCCAUGUUAUUGGUGUGGUCUUCAGGAUCCCUCCUUUCUCUAUCUUCAGAGGGGCUUGUCAUGUGUGAUUGUGACUGAGUUAGGGUUUUCUUUCACAAUGUGAGGAUCACUGUCAUCCCUUUCAAGAGGUUCUCAGGUGAUCUUCCUCAUUCUCUUUAUUGUAUUCAAUACAACAGGGUUGCAAUAAUUUCAUGGCCCUCAUUUGCUGGAUAGACUCAGGCAAUUACGCUUUUUGGAAGCUUUUCCUUAUUCAAACCAAUACAGCAGACCCGCUUAACAACAUGCAAUUAGUUGGCCAAUUUUCUUUUUGCUAGCUUGCUAAUGAGCAGGACACUCUUCCAAACAAGAGCAGAUAUCAGCCACCGCGUCCAAAAAAUGAUAUUUUAUCUCCUUCUUGGUUCUUUUCGAACAUUCAUUUUUCUUGUCUUUCAUAGAUUGGUGGUCACCAUGCAAAGGAGGAAUUUGCCAUUAGAGGGAAGGAACCGAAAGAUGAAGUCCAGAUUUACACCUGGAUGGAUGCAACUCUUCGAGAGCUGACAGAUUUGGUAACAACCGUUUCCUCCUUUUCCAUUGAUUUUAGGUACUGGUUCGGCAGCUGACAGAUUCGUUUUCAGGUGAAGGAGGUUGCUUCUGCUGCAAGGAGAAGGGAUGCAAAACUAUCAUUUGCGUUUGUGUACCCUGAUAAGCAGGGACGCUUUGUGGUCAGACCGGUAAGAACACAUCUGUCAUGUUUCGGAUUUGCCAAGCAUUUUCGUUCUUGUUGUUACAAGUUUCAUGAAGAUUGCUAUGCACAUAACGCACUCCUCAAAUAUGAAGGAAGAUGUUUUAGUUGCUUGUAUCUAGCAAUGAAUCGUCCACGCUCAUCUCUGGGGAUAGGUAAUGUAGGGAGCCAAAUAUCUAUUGUUGGUUUUGGAUCAAGGAAGGUGUCUGCAUGGCUGCAGCUUCAGGUUGAUCUCUUGUUUUUGUAUGCAAAGGUGAAAGUAGCAGUAGCAGCGUUAUAUUUUCAGGGUUGUUGGUGUUCAGAAUUAUUGGUUCAGAUUGAAAUCGGCCAGCUUUCUCAUCCGUUAUUAUAUCAUUGAUCAAAACGGAUGAAUAUCGAAAGAAAUGUAUACUAAAAUAAAUGGGUUUUUGUGCUUUGCUCAUGAUGUAAUAUGUUUAGUCUAAGUAUCAUGAAAAUUUGUUUUCUAUUUCCUUUUAACAGUUUCACUAAUCGAUCUGUUAGGAAUGUGUAGUAGUCUUCGGUGAUCUGAAUCUCACGAUUUGAUAGCCGACUCCAAUGCUUAUAAAACCUAGAUGCCCUCUUCUAGGGCCACAACUUGUGGGAUGUUAAAUUAUUUCCUUUUUUGUCUAUUUUGUAGAAACGAUCAGGGCCGUGUGUGAUUCAGACAAUGAAAUAGUCUGCCAACUUGAUAGGAACUCGACUCUGGAAUUUACUUAAAUUACAUAUAAAACCCUAUGCCUUUAGAAAGUUUUCAAAAAAGGAAGGAAAAGAUUGGAAAUUGAUGGAUCUCACUUGGAUCAGAUGAUAUAUUUCGAGACUGAUGUGAAACUCCAGUGGAAGACAAGACCUAGGCGAAGAAGAACAGAGAAAACGUGGGGAAUAGGUUUGUAGCUCUUCAUAGGAAGAGCUGAAAAGAGAUAAGAAGCAAGAGAAAAGAAACAAGUGGCUUUCUUGAUUUGGAAACUAAUUGAAAUGUCUACGUUUAAUGUUUUGACUUGGGUAAGUUUGCUAUUUUUGGAUUCGUUUUCCCAAUCGAAUCUUCUCAGGCAUUGCAAUGACUCCCCUGUAUCCAUGACCUGGUCCUGAUUUGUCAACGCUGCAUACGAAUAGUCCACACUUUCCAAGCUUCAAAAGUCAACUGUAAUCACAAGGCCCAUAUCAGCUAUCAGUCAUCUCGUUUUCAUUCUCAUUCUCAUUCUCAGACACGGGAAGAUUUCCAGAAUAUAGACUGGUUCCUGUCAUCUCAUGUUGCAUUAUCCAUAUUUUUUCCAUUAAUUAGUUCCUGUAAGUGACCACAAUGGUUCUUAUUCCAUUUUUAAACUGCCACAAGCUUAAAUCAUAAAGCUUAUAAUAGGUAUAAGUUAUCCAGUUGGCCUCGCCUCCUACCCCUGCUUGCUAUCAUAAGCUGCUCCGUCGACUAACCUCGGCUCUGACUUUGUCUGCAGGUCGGCAUGACUUAUUCGUACCCUGGAAAUGGGAGACGACAAGACGACAUGAAGACCUUGGCCGAGCUGGGCUUUCAGGCACGUUCAACCUAAUCAUUUCCCCAAUAUCGAUCUGUUCAUUAAUUAGCCCAUAUAUUCGCUCAUCAAUCUCUCAUCUUGGUUUUUCUCUAGAUUGGAGACUAUUUGGACGUGGGCAUCCUGUAG